GACUGACACCCAACGGGUCAAUCCUAGUUUACCUCCGAGCAUUCCUAAACCCCUACCUAAGCUAGGGUUUCCACGCAUGGCGACCACGACGCCGCCUCCGGCGAUCCUAGGCACGCUUGGCGACUUCACAUCGCGGGAGAACUGGGACAAGUUCUUCGCGCUCCGCGGCACGGGGGACAAUUUUGAGUGGUACGCGGAGUGGCCUAACCUCCGGGCCCCGCUCCUCGCCCUCAUCGGGGACAGCGGCGCCGCGGCGGCGGCGGGGUCAACCCAGGAGAUCCUGGUGCCGGCGUGCGGGAGCUCGGCGCUCUCGGAGCGGCUCUACGACGCGGGGUUCCGCCGCAUCACCAACGUCGAUUUCUCCCGCGUCGUCGUCGCCGAUAUGCUUCGCCGUCACGCACGCGCGCGGCCAGAGAUGCGCUGGCGCGUCAUGGACAUGACCAACAUGCAGCAACCAUGGCUUUUGAGGCGUUGUGGCGUCCUGUGGUGCUGGGGGUAUGCCUAGACGCGGCGCCUUCUAGGCGACACCUAGGCGAUAUGGUGUAACUAAAACCCUGUGGCGUUCUGCGGCGCCUGGGUUUGCAGAUGGGUCAUUUGAUGUCAUUCUUGAUAAAGGAGGAUUGGAUGCUCUUAUGGAGCCAGGGGCUGGGACAAAACUGGGGAUAAAAUAUCUAAAUGAGGCCAAGAGAGUUAUGAAAUCAGGAGGGAAGUUUGUGUGCCUUACCCUUGCAGAAUCCCAUGUUUUAGCGCUUCUUUUGUCCGAGUUCAGAUUUGGAUGGGAUAUGAGUGUUCAAGCUAUAGCUAGUGAAUCCUCUGAAAAAUCUGCCUUCCAGACAUUCAUGGUGGUCAUGGUAAAAGGGAAGAUGGGUGUAGCUCAAACAAUAAAAUCAUCAUUGGUUCAAUCUGCUGAAUACUGUAACAUGAGACAGGCAAAUGCUGUGAUUCGUGCUCUUGGAAAUGAGAACAUCAUCCGGGAGUCGUAUUCGUCUGGUGUUGAUGUACUGCUCUCAUUGCGAGAUCUUCAGCUAGGAGCUAUAGGAGAUCUGAAAGUGAUUGUCCCAGGACGAAGGAGGCAGUUCAUUCUUGGUGAACAGGAAACUUCGCUAUAUUGCUAUAAGGCUAUUUUAUUGGACGCCAAGAAGCAAACAGAAACAUUUGUGUACCACUGUGGAGUUUUUAUUGUGCCUAAGGCUCGGGCUCAGGAAUGGUUAUUUUCUUCAGAAGAAGGACAGUGGCAUGUUGUUGAAAGUGCAAGGGCUGCCCGUCUAAUUAUGGUUUUCUUGGACAGCAGACAUGCAAAUAUCGACAUGGAUAUUAUUAAGAAGGAUUUAUCUCCCCUUGUUAAGGAAUUAGAACCUGGAAAUCCUGAAGAGGAGGCCCCUAUACCGUUCAUGAUGGCAGGUGAUGGUGUUAAACAAAGACAUAUUCUGCAAGAGGCAACUUCAGAAAUAACUGGUCCAAUGGUUGUGGAAGAUGUUGUCUAUGAAAAUGCUGAUGGAGACCAAGGUUCCAUGUCUGAGAAAAUGUUCCGGCGCCUUAUUUUUGGAAGAAGUUCUGGUUUAGUGCAAUCUGAAGCCUUGCUAAUCAGAGAUCCUCCCAGUGAUGAGAUAGACAGAAAAAACAAAAGUGCAUCUGCGACAUCUAAAAAAAGAAGGAACCAGAAAAAGGGAUCCAAGAACAGUCUGAGAAUUGACCAUAGAUUUCUUGGUAGCUCAUAUCACAGCAGUAUCAUAUCUGGGCUUUCUUUAGUUGCAUCUUCUCUAAGUGUUGCUGCUUCAUCUGGUGGAAAGGUCAGCACCACUGUUAUAGGCCUUGGUGCUGGUUGUUUACCAAUGUUUCUCCGUGGAUGUCUGCCUUCCGUAGAUGUUGAGGUGGUUGAGUUGGACCCCUUGGUGGCUGAGCUAGCAAAGAAAUAUUUUGGCUUUUCAAUGGAUGAGCAGUUGAAGUUGCAUUUGGGGGAUGGCAUCAAGUUCAUUGAAGACAGUGUUGCUGCAAAUCAUUCAGUAAAUGGCAGUGCCAGAAAUGCAAUCAAAAUACUUAUCCUCGAUGUUGAUUCAUCAGAUCUAAGUUCUGGGCUGUCUUGCCCACCAGAAAACUUCGUUGAAGAUCCUUUCCUUCUGAAAGCAAAGGAGUUCCUUUCGGAGGGCGGCCUUUUUAUCAUCAAUUUAGUCUCGCGGUCAUCUUCAGUGAGGGAAAUGGUUGUUUCAAGACUUAAAGCGGUCUUUGAACACCUAUACUCACUGCAACUUGAAGAAGACAUAAAUGAGGUUUUGUUUGCGUCGCCGAGCGAAAGAUACCUAGAAAUCAAUAACCUUGAUGCAGGAGCUUCCAAAUUGCAGGAGUUACUCAAAAUUCCAGUGGAUGUAGAAUCAGAUAUACAGAAGUUGCAAAAGCUCCAGUAACAGUCUCACCUGAUACCGAACACCAUCCAUUUGCAUCCACUAGAUUUAGGUGGUGUUCAGUUUCCGCCCCUGGAGGGCACACCAAAAUUGCCCCCAGUUUUGGCUCGUGGAAGCCAAAUUGGGGCCAGCUGUUUCGGCCACGAGAGUUUUGUCCAACUGUGCUAUAGAAAAAUUUUGGCCUACCUAAAACCAAAGACACCAAAAUUUGGUUUGACCCUGAUUGGGCCUAGGCUGAGCGCAUCUCAAACUUUUUACCCUCAACAAUUUAGGCAUGUUUUCCCGUAUGUUUGCCUUGACAACUCUGCAUGGAUAAAACAAUGCACUGUACAUAUUUAGAGGAUGCGAGUGGAGGAAACAAAAUGUGCAUCAUGGUCUCUGAUGGUUUAAAAAUUUUGUCGAAUA